AUGUCAAGCGAGGACAAUCUAAGCUUAGAAAACACAACAGCCGAUCGAGACAAUGUCACGAGUGGAGUAGCCGAAGAUGUCAUCAUGGUAUCGACUAUGGCUCUUACUGCCAAGGUCUCGGCAUACGUGAUCAUACUAGCACUUUGUUUAGUGGGAAAUACGUUUUCGAUCGUUGCAGUCAAACGGAACGUUACAGGUCGAAUGAGGACAGUAAGCAAUCUUUUGAUCGCUUCUAUCGCAGCUUCGGAUAUUCUUCUUUCAGUCUGGAGCAUCCCGGAAAGAAUCACAAGAAUCCUUACAAUGGAUUCUUGGCUCGUCGUAAACACUCUCGGAGCGGUACUUUGUAAACUUGUGAACUUCACUGAGAAACUAAGCAUCACUGUGUCCGUGUUUCAUCUGGGGGUGCUUUCGGUAGAGCGUUUUCUAGCAGUGUACACUCCACACAGGACUGUUUUGACAUUGAAGGCGACUAAAUGGAUUAUUGUAGCGAUUUGGGUCUCAAGUUUAGCGUAUUGGGCACCUAUUUUAUACUAUGCAAAUAUCACCGCGGAGAAUGCCAAAGUCGAAUGCGCUGUGCGUAGUAAUGUUCAAAGCUGGAGGGGAUGGUAUUUGGCCUUUAUUGUACUUCUUUGCAUUGUUAUGAUCUUAAUCCCUAUUCUUUAUACCGCUUUGACAGUUAAAUUAUUCACUGUGCCAGGAAUGAAGAAGGCCUCACAAAGACGAAAAACCGAGAGAAUGAAACGCCAAGUUGCCAUCAUGAUUGGAGUAAUCAUUGUAACGUUCUACGCCUGUUUUCUCCCGUACUGGAUCGGCUGGGUCUCGUGUUCCUACUUACCCUACCCCCCUCCGGGAGUUUGCAACCGGACCUACAAAUUCGUCUCCAUUCUGUUUUCGUACGCGAAUACCGCAGCCAACCCAAUCAUUUGUUUGCUGUUUAUUGGGAAUUUUCGCUUAUCCUUGAAGGAGAUUUUGAAAAAUCCGCUGAAUCGAAAGAGACGAAGAAGCUCCUCGGCCUCGCGAAGACUUACAGAGGAUACUGCGCAGAAUGGAUUGCGCAUGGAUACCGCUGAACAAAGACGGAAUACCACAGAAUAUCAUGAAAUUGUGUCAAAUCAACCGACUAAUGAAAAUGGGAACAAGUGCGUAGAUGGCGCCAGAGAUAGCGAGGCAAGCAUUGGAGGUCAAAUUCUAAUGGAAGAUUCUGCACUUAUUGAUACACCUCAAACAAAUAUCUGA